CCCCUGGCGGGCGCGGGCGCGAGACGCUGCGCGGCGGCAGCGACGGGCGCGAGCGGCAGCUGUCAGGCCACCGAGGUCCAAGCAGCACUUGCUGCCCCAUUGAGGACUAGGCGGCAGCCAGAAGCGGUGACGGUGUCGCUGAGGAGCCUGACUCCAGGCACGCAGCCCCGACCUGCCCGGCACCCCGCGGCCCUCUUCUGUCUCCUUUCCAUUGUGUUGAGUAAGAGCCUUGAAAAGAAAGAAUAAAACAACAGGAAAAAAAAAGAAAAGGAUUAAAACUGUGACAAAAAUACAACUAGGUUCUCUGGGUUAGGAACUCCUCUCUGACUGGUGCUGUAACAAUGAGUGGGAAAUCCCUGCUCUUAAAGGUCAUCCUCUUGGGUGAUGGUGGAGUUGGGAAAAGCUCACUUAUGAACCGUUAUGUAACCAAUAAAUUUGACUCCCAGGCUUUUCACACCAUAGGGGUAGAGUUCUUAAAUCGAGAUCUAGAGGUAGAUGGACGCUUUGUAACCCUCCAGAUUUGGGACACUGCAGGGCAGGAACGUUUCAAGAGCCUCAGGACACCAUUCUACAGGGGAGCAGACUGCUGCCUCUUGACCUUCAGCGUGGAUGACCGGCAGAGCUUCGAGAACCUCGGAAACUGGCAGAAAGAAUUCAUCUACUAUGCAGACGUGAAGGACCCUGAGCAUUUCCCCUUUGUAGUUCUGGGUAACAAGGUAGACAAAGAGGAUAGGCAAGUGACUACUGAGGAGGCACAAGCCUGGUGCAUGGAGAAUGGGGAUUACCCUUAUCUAGAAACAAGUGCCAAAGAUGAUACGAAUGUGACAGUGGCCUUUGAAGAAGCUGUCAGGCAGGUGUUGGCUGUCGAGGAACAGCUGGAGCAUUGCAUGUUGGGUCACACCAUUGACUUGAACAGUGGCUCCAAAGCAGGAUCUUCAUGCUGUUAAAAGUAGGGAGCCUUUUCGAAGCAUGCCCCAAAUUGGUCAAUCAGCAGUGCAAGAAUAACUGGGGCCCUUUUAGGGUGCACACACACAAGGGUAAGACAGAAGGUUCUGAUUGCAAAACAGAGCCUUUCAAGUUGAAGUUGUGGAGUGAUUUCUUUUAAAUGCUUUAUCGAGCCAAUUGUAUUUUGCUUAAUGUCUGCUGUUUCCCCUUCUUGUGUGUCUCAGGACAUUUUGGAACGUUUCUGUGCUGACAGAUCUGAACAUUUUUUUGAUAUCACAGUUUAAACCUAGACACAGCCGCAUAGAGGAGUUAAAGAGCUACAGCUACCCCUUAAAGCAAUCCAUUAAUCAAUUAAUAAAUAUCACCAUCAGACUCUUGCCAAACAGUUUCUGACAUUUCUGCCAAAGGGAAAAAUAUAAGAUCCUGAGCUAUUACUAUAAAUAGUGAUGCAAAGAUUUCUCAGAUCUGAUUUAUAAAGGAGUUAUAUAAUGAGUAAGAAUGUGAACGCAAGUGAUGUGCCCUUGUUUAAAUACUUAUCUAUGGUUUGCUCCCAUCUGAGCUUUGUUUUAAAAAGUUACUAUCUCAACUAAGAGAUAUUCUGAUGACACUGGAAAUUGAUUUAUUCCUUUUGUUUGAAGUCAUAGGAUACUGGUGAGUGGAUUGUGCUUAAAUAUGCCAACCCCCUUUUCCAAAUACACAUUUGGUCUGCUUUUACUUCAGAAAUCUACUUCUGCUGCAUAGAAAUGUUGCUUCUCUGACCUCUUCUCAAUUUAGCAGUGCUGCUUCAGUAUAUGGCUUUGGGCACAGUGUUUUCUGCUCACAAUUUAGAUGAUCCUUGGGCUGGACUCAUGGAGAAUGUUUCUCACAAGACUGGAGGACUGUGGACUUUUCUUACAAGGUUCCUUAACUCAAUUAUUUAUCAUAGAAGAAGGAAUUGAUGUCUGGAUUUUGUGUUAUAUAUUCAGCUGGCCAAACAAGGACAUUGAAAGUGUCAAAAUGGCAACUUUGAACCCUGUGUUACAACAAAUCUUUCAUAUUUAGAGUUGUCCAGCAGUGGAUUGCCUUAAUAGUGAGCUCCCUUCCCAUGAAAAUAUUUAAUGAAUCACCAUCUGUUAUAAAUACCAUAGAAAGAAUGUGUAUACUGGCUACAUGUUUAUUAUAAGAACCCUUUCAUCCCUGGGUUCUAUGAAUCUAUCAACUAUGUGAAUGCCACAUUGUGAGUAGAUUUUCUGAAGAUAGCAGCUAAGACUAUGGAGCGGGACUGUAAAAAGUCUCAAAACAUUCUGUGAUCUGCCUUUAACAGCAGCCACGUAGCUCUUCCUUUUGCUUUUGCCCCGUGGCAGAAAAAAAUUCUAAAUCUCUGAGUAACCUUUGUAACAUGAUGUAAGCAUCCUAAAGACACCACCUUAAAAUACAAAAAUGGUUGGACAAUUUUUGAUGAUGAUGAUUUCCAUGUGUAUACUGUGCCAUGAACAUACAGUCUCGUUCUUGUUGGUUGAUCUGUUUGUCCUGCAUAGCUUUUAAUCUGUAUUUUAAAACAUUGGUGAUAAAACAAAUAAUGAUCCAAGAUAGUGAAUGAUGGAACUACCCCCAGAAAAAGAUCUAGGCCAGGGAGGGUGGGAGCUUUUACAGGAAUACAGCCUAGAACUCUCCAUUGUAGCCACAUGUGGAAUCAGCCUUACGUGUGGGACCUUCUGUGCUUUAAGAGCUCUGGGACUUUUUGGCCACAUAGAGAAGAGGAGGACAAUAUUUCAACCUAGUCAUUUUCAAUAUUUUCAAUUAAAAGUUUUUCCCCAUUGUCCAACUAAUUGAUGCUAGAAUUGAUACCCCACAGCUCUUAAGUAUCGGUUCCUAUCCUGCCUAUGCCUUUAGCCAGCCACAAUGGUUUCCAAGUUCUAUGAUCAUUUUGCUACUAUCACAUUAGGAUGAAAAUCUGUACGCCAGAACUGUUAAAUGCUAAUUACUUUUAAGCGCAUGAGACCUGGGGCCUUCUCUUUCUACUUGCACUCUGCUUAUAAUGAUUUCUAUCUGUAGAUCUCAGGCCUUCAUAAAGAUUUCCAUAAGCUCACAAAAGUACUCAUCCCUUAGAGUGGCAUGCUGUCAUUUGAGUAAACCGUAAGUGUGGGUCUCUGAUUCAUUAGGCAACCUGUCCAUCUGACACAAUUAUUCAUUUUAUUGGCAAAUGAACUGAAGCCCCUUUCCUCUUAGCCAUACCAAUUGUUUCUUGCCAGAUUGCUACACAAUAGCUUAAGGAAAGCACUUAACAGUAAGUGACAACGCAGUGAUGUGCUGACAUGUAGUUUGAAUAACCUUAAAAAAAAACACCAAAGGCUGAAAUUUGUGAGUACCAGGAACUGUGCAUAUAGGUUUAGAAAUUGAUUACGUGUCCUAGAAUGUGCAGUGCAAUAUUCUCAAUAGUUGGGUUUUUUAAUGAAUCCUAGAUUUUUUGGAAUACUAUAUUUCUAAUUGGAACCACACUGCUUUUCGAUGGUCAUUAAAACGUCCUACAGAAUAUUUAUUUAGCUUAUUGUCAUGUACAGGCUAACUUCCAUGAGGCCUCAGAUUCCAUAUGUCUUUCAGCAGAUUGAUGAAUUUCAGGUUAAUUUGUGCCUGCCUCAGCCAUCACUAUGUUAUCCUGAGGUACUCCACAAUCUUCCUGUUGCAGGUGCUGCUAAAAAUCUCAAAAUAGUGUAUCAGAUAUUUUCUUUCAACUGUAAAAAUUUAUCUGUGUCAAAUUGAAUAAAAAGUGCAUUUUGAAUAACCAGCAUACAAUGUUUGUGUUUUCU